GCGAAAAUCCAACUUUGCAGAAGUCGCCCGCGAGAGAAAGAGAGAGAGAGAGAAGGCGGACCUUUGCUGUGCUCUACCUCUACCCGGAGGGCGAACGGCGGUAGGCUUUCAGGCGGACGGUGCGAUUUCAUAGGAAAUGGAGUUCGAAGCCGAUGAGAAUGAGCUUAAAGCGGCGGGAGCCGAGGUUCUUCCUGAUGGACGGCGUGGACUGCGGAUACAUGGCUGGGAGAUCGAGACUCGCAAGCGACCGAUUCUCAAUUCUCUCCACCUCCAACAAUGGGAAGAUAAGCUUCAGACAUCCCACUUGCCAGAGAUGGUUUUUGGGGACAGUGCUUUGGCUCUUAAACACAUGAAUAGCAGCAUUAAGAUUCAUUUUAAUGCAUUUGAUGCUCUAACUGGCUGGAAGCAAGAAGCAUUACCACCAGUGGAGGUUCCUGCAGCUGCAAAAUGGAAAUUCAGAAGCAAACCCUUCCAGCAGGUAAUACUGGAUUAUGAUUAUACCUUCACGACACCGUACUGUGGAAGUGAAACUGUUGAUGUAAAUGCAGAGCUAGGAUCUGAAGUAACCUCUGAAGGGGCCAACUGCAGCCUUCACUGGGAGGAAUGCAAACAGGAAAUUGAUUUGGCUUCACUGGCAUCCAAAGAGCCUAUUCUCUUCUACGAUGAGGUGAUUUUGUAUGAAGAUGAAUUGGCUGAUAAUGGUGUCUCGCUUUUAACCGUGAAAGUGCGGGUGAUGCCAAGUUCUUGGUUUCUUCUCUUGCGUUUCUGGCUUAGAGUUGAUGGAGUGCUUAUGAGAUUAAGGGAUACACGCAUGCAUUGUGUGUUUGCAGAGGAUCAAAGCCCCAUUAUUCUUCGAGAAUGCUGUUGGAGAGAAUCCACAUAUCAGUCUUUAUCUGCUAAUGGCUAUCCAUAUGAUUCUGUGGCAUAUAAUGAUCCAAACAUCAUCUCUCGGAUGCUUCCAGUCAUCAUGCGGAAGACCCAAAAGCUUAAACUCCCUGGUAACUUGUCAGGCUGUAAUUAAUCCUUAUUAUUGUGGAUCAAACCUGUUCUGAAUCUUCAUGAGAAAGGCCCGUCUCCUAUCUGUCUUUUGUGUUUAUGUUAUUUUCCUUCAUCCAUGUUCAAUCAGUUAGUUAUUUCAUCAAAAGACAAAUUUGCAAUAACAAUCACAAGUCACAAGCCUUUAUCCCA